GUGAUCAUACCAGCAAACAUUAGCAACUGAAAAAUAAUUUAUAACACUUUGGUCAACAUGGCAAAUCCUAAAGAAAAAGAGCCCGUGGACAUAGUUCACCAGAAUGCUAUUCAUGUCGAGACAAUAAUGAAGGAGCUGAGAACCCAUAAGCUUUACACUGAGUUUAACAUCAACCCCUUCAAGAAACUGCACAUUUUGACUGACAAACCCAUGUCCAACAUCACCUACAGAAAGGAAGAGGAAGACCCUGCUUUCCUUCAGGCCAUACACGGGGCCCGUCUGGAGCCAGCAAAGAAGUACUCUCACCCUCAGACUGAAGCACAAGAGAUAGGAUGGAUAUCCACUCCUUUACUUGUCUCAGAUCGCAGUGACAGAAGAUUAAACUUUCCACGGCAGAACUCUGAAAUCACUAAAUACAUGGAUGCUGCCUGGCGGUUGAAGGAGCAGACAAAAAAUUUGGGAUGAAAGUUUAGGCUAUAUUUCCUGAUGCCAUAUAACACUAAUGCAGAUUAAAAAAAAGUCUGGAUAGCAUCUGUGUGCACUGCAAAGUGAGCAUUCUUUGUUAUCACAAUAAACACUAAAUGUACAAGUACUAAUGUGUUCUUCCUAUAGCAAGGCAGGUCAUUCGAUUUUAAGACACAGCCGGGGUCUUUAGAAUUUCAGUCGUGUAUCUGGAGAUAUGUAAAAGUGGGUCAAAUGGCCACCAUUCAUCACUAUGAAUGUAACUGCUCCUGUCUAGCAGAAUCUCUGCAUAGUAAGCAAAAGAGAUUAGUUCAUAACUAAUCGAUCUUAGAUAAUGUCAUAUUAUACAGAAACAGGAUUCACACAGCUUGUUUAGCAAAUAUGCCUUUUUCACAAGAAAAAUCCAUAACUGACCAUAAUCCACUGGCUAUUGGAGCAUAUUACACUUAAAGUAUUGGCCACUCAGGUCAAGAUUUAUUACAUUACUUCCCC